AUGAAUUAAGAAUUAUAAUAACCAUAAGAUCAAAUCAUAGUUUUGAUAAAUUAACAAAAGAAUCAUCCAUGGUCUGAAAUUUAAAUGGCUCAUGAGCCUAUAACACAUUAGAAAAAUAAGGAAUUUAAAGAGAAGUACUUAUCAUCUUGUUUUGAUGAAACUUAUAAUCUAACAAAUUAAGAAAUUAAAGAAUGGUGGAUGUUAAGAGUUGAAUUAUAUCCUUUAUAUUCUCAUAAAGAUGAAAAUUGUGUGAAAAGAAUUAAAGGUUUAUGGUAUCUAUUAACAGAAAGUGAUUUGGAAGAAAUUAGAAAUUAAAAAUGGACUGAGUUUGGUUUUUAAUAGGCUGAUCCAACAACAGAUUUUAGAGGAGGUGGUAUAUAAUCAUUAGAUGAUAUUAUUAAUUUUGUGAGUGAUUAUAAAGACAAUAUGGUUAAAGAAAUGUGUAAACCAUAAAAUGAUUUUUAUUUUGCAGCAUCUUCAAUAAAUAUCACUUUCUUUAUUAAGAGAUAUUUUCAUUUGUAAGAGCAACUUGAUGAAAGAGAUAUUAAGGUAUAAUUAAUAUUAAUUUUAUAGGAAAUUGCAGAUAGAAUAGCACUUAAAAAUUUUUGCAGAUUUCUUGUUAGGGAAGAUAAUUUUUGGAAAAAAUUACAUUAAUUAUUACUUUCAGAUCUUUUUAAUGAAUGGAUGGCUCUCAAAAAAAGAAGACCAGAAACAACUAUAAUGGAUUAUGGUCCUAUUUUAGAAAGAAUUAAACAAAAAACUAAAAGAACAUUUACAAUUAGAUUAUUUGGCAAUCUAAAAUAAUUAAUUGAGUUUUAUCAAUCAUUAUGAU